GUUUACCUAAUCAGUAAUGCAUAGAUCCAACAAUAAAUGUCCAAGUUUCUCUUGGCUUUUUCUGCUUGUCUUUUUCCAAAUUAACCAGCGAUGUACUGUGUGUCAAGGUUACGUCCCAUCGAUGUGGAGUUCAUGAAGAGGUUGGGAAAGAUAGUAAGCAUUGUGCCUGUGAUUGCCAAAGCAGACACUCUUACCAUUGAGGAACGACAGGAGUUCAAGGAGAGGAUAAGGCAAGACUUGGCAGGCCACGGGAUUCGUGUCUAUCCCCAGAAAGAGUACGAUGAGGAUCCAGAGGAGCGCUUCCUCAAUGACAGGAUUAGGGAAAAUAUUCCCUUUGCGGUGGUGGGGACUGACAAGGAACACCAGGUGAACGGAAAUAAGGUGUUGGGCCGUAAAACCAAGUGGGGAAUUAUUGAAGUUGAAAACGUGGCACACUGUGAGUUUGCCAAUCUGCGAGAUCUCCUUAUCAGGUCUCACCUGCAGGACCUGAAAGACGUGACACACAACAUCCACUAUGAAACAUACCGUGUACGACGGUUGAACGAGAGCAACAUCAACUUCAUCGAACGAGGACUUUCUACUUGGCCACUGGAAAAUGGAACUGCUGACAAAUGUGAAUCAGACAGCCACCUCUGAUGCCCCGGUCAGCCUCAAACUUCUGGAAUGAUGCUGAGGGCUGGUACAAGAGAGCAUUUUUACUACAUGAAGCAGGAUGGGGGACAUGUCCGAUUUUUGUUGUUGAUGUUGUUGUUGGUCAUUUCAGUGAUCAGCUUAUUGGAUUGUUUCAUGAAUAUUUUUAUGGGAGACAAAAAAAUAUAUAUAUCGAUAUUUUUUAACAUGACAUAUUUUGUAUUUUCUGGUAUUAUGGUUGUGUUUACAGGUAUAAUCAGGGCAGUCAGUUUCAAGAAUGACAUAAAGAUAUGAAAAGAUAUGAAAGUACCUUCUGCUAUUUUAAAGGUAAAGG